AUGGAGAGACUGGAUCGUCUUCCGACAGAGCUGAUGAUUAAAAUCGCCAACUCUGCUCCAGACCUCGUGACUCUCCAUCACUUGACUGUCGCUUCAACUCGCAUCUCUGAAGCACUCGACCAAAUUGGCAUGGAGAUUCUCGAAUCAGUCAUGGAUAACGACACUCCUCCUGAAAUUCGGUACUUGGUCCGACUCGUGGCCAAAGUCCACGCCUGCACGCCAGCGGCCCCCAUGGCCACGACAUAUGAAGAAUUUCUGGAUAGAUACGUAAUCAGCAUUUACGGGACUUGUCUAGAAUUAUAG